AUGGAAUCUUUAUAUUUCUCUUUAACUGAUGUCAAUCCGAUUUUACAAUGUUUUCUAUGCAAGGGUUAUCUUGUUGAUCCAUAUACAAUAAAGGAAUGUAUGCAUACGUUUUGUCGUACGUGUAUUCUUGUUUAUUUCGAAAAUUUAUCACGUUCAGAAUAUAAAUGUCCACAAUGCAAUAUAAAUCUUCAACCAUUUUCGGAUAUUUCAAAAUGUUUAAUACCAGAUCGGCAAUGUGGAGAUAUGAUACGUUCAUUAUUACCAUUGCUUGAUAUUGACGAAAUCAAUAAUGAAAAACAAUUUUAUGAAAAAAAUUCUUUAUCAAUACCAAAAGAUCUUCGUCUUAAACUUCGUCUUGUACAAAAUGUUUCUCCAAUGCGUUUUACCGAUAAUAAUAAUCAUAUACGUAUACGUUCAAUAAAAGCAAAGUCAACUAUAUCUAGUAUGAAAAAAGCAACGGUUCCAAUUGCAAUUCAAAUAGAAUUAUGUAAAAAAUAUAUUGAUUCAUCAUUGGCAAUAAAGCAAUAUCCAAAAAAAUAUCUUUGUGUUAAUUCUCAAUUGGAAAUAAGUCACAUUGAAAAAUACAUUGAAACAAUUUGUCAAGUACAAAAACCGUAUAAAGUCUAUUUAUUUUUUUAUGACUCUUGUUUAAGCGAGUCAACACCAUUGUUAUUAAUUAAAAGUUUACUAUUUUCAUCUACCGAUCGUAUGAAACUUUUUUUUUCUAUUAUGUUAAAUAAAUAA